CCGCCCCUUCCGCCGCCUUCCCCGCGAGCCCCAGCCUGGCCCCUGCUCCAGCCCCAGCCCCAGCCCCAGCCCCAGCCCGGGUCCGGCCAGCAGCAGCUGACUGCGCCUUCACGAUCCGCUGGGAGCCGCCAUCCUCGUCGCCGUCAUGAACAUCCGCAAUGCACGGCCAGAGGACCUGAUGAACAUGCAGCACUGCAACCUGCUGUGCCUGCCAGAGAACUACCAAAUGAAGUACUACUUCUACCAUGGCCUCUCCUGGCCCCAGCUCUCUUACAUCGCUGAGGAUGAGAAUGGGAAGAUUGUGGGGUAUGUCCUGGCCAAAAUGGAAGAGGACCCAGAUGAUGUGCCUCACGGACAUAUCACCUCACUGGCUGUGAAGCGUUCCCACCGGCGCCUUGGCCUGGCUCAGAAGCUGAUGGACCAGGCCUCCCGAGCCAUGAUCGAGAACUUCAAUGCCAAAUAUGUCUCCCUGCACGUCAGGAAGAGGUGGAAGCCGGGGAAGAGGGAAGGGAGGAGUGGGGAAAAGACACUGUUGAUGUGGGUCGUGGGGUACCCUGGCUUUUGGAGAAGAUCUGGGAAGUGGGAUCAGUGGGGAGGGGGCACUAGGAAAAGGGGCAGAACCUGGAUGUGCUGUCCCUGCCUGGCCGAGUCUGCACAGCUCAGCAGUGCCUUAUUCUCCUGCAGUAACCGGGCGGCCCUGCACCUCUAUUCCAACACCCUCAACUUCCAGAUCAGUGAAGUGGAACCCAAAUACUAUGCGGAUGGGGAAGAUGCUUACGCCAUGAAGCGGGAUCUCACCCAGAUGGCCGAGGAGCUGAGGCGGCACCUGGAGCUGAAGGAGAAGGGCAGGCACACAGUGCUGGGCGCCAUCGAGAACAAGGCGGAGGGCAAGGGCAGCUCAGUGCCCAGCUCGGGAGAGCCCGGUCGAGAGGAGAAGGGCCUGGCUGCCGAGGACAGCGGUGGUGACAGCAAGGACCUCAGCGAGGUCAGCGAGACCACAGAGAGCACCGACGUCAAGGACAGCUCAGAGGCCUCCGACUCCGCUUCCUAGAGCCUCCAGCUCUGCCCGGGCCUGCCCCUGCCACCCUCACCCGAGGUUUCACAAUAAACUUCACCCGGGGGGGG